ACCCUCCCCGAGAGGCCAGAGCGAUCGUCAUCCGCCCCAAGGCCCAGGCUCAACUGCUCGCGGCGAGGCAACACCCGUCCCCUCCCCCCUCCUCCUGCGCCACUAUCUCCUCGCUGACGCGCGCAUACGUCCAAGGCACGCUCGCGGGGGCCAACCAAUCGCGCGCGGCUCUGGUGGGAAUGGGCCUCCUCGACCAGCUGUGGGACGAGACAGUGGCCGGCCCGCGCCCGGACUCCGGCCUCGGCAGGCUCCGCAAGUACGCCUCCUUCUCCCCCUCAUCGUCGUCCUCGCUGGCCCCCGCGGCGGCCGACGCGCCGGCGCCCGCGGUGACGCGCAGCCUCACCACCGGCCGGCCGCCGUCGCUGUCCGUCGACCAGUCGCCGCGCGGCGAGUCGUACAGCUCCUCCGUGCCGUCCUCCCCGGCCAGCGCGCCAGACUCGCCGUUCGCCACAGCUACCACGCCCAAGGCUGAUGGCUGGAGGAGGCUUGGCCGGAAACCCAAGGCCUCCGACGGGCCGGAGCCGGCCGUUGGGCCGAGGAGCCCCACCGUGUACGACUGGGUGGUGAUCAGCUUGGAAUAAGCGAUCGAGCGGAGGACAUACAGAGAGGAAGCUUAGCUAGCGUGUGUGUUUGCCUGCAAGUUUGAGGCUGCGUCGUGUUUCCAUAUAUGCUUCGUGUUCUUCCAAGUCUGGGGUGGCAUGUGUAGUAGUAGUAUAUCUAGAGUCCUGGUAGGAUGAUGACGAUGAUCAGUUCGUGGGGGUUAGAAGUAGGCGGCGAUCCGAUCCAGACUGGUUCUGCCUUCGGCAAGAUGUGUGUUGUUCAGUUCUUGGAUCUGGGGAAGGACUGAACUCAGAAAUGAGGCUGUCGUGUAAAGCCCGCCUGCUUUGUUUUGUUACCCUCCCCUGUAAUUAUCUGGUACUGUGUUCAAUGCAAAGAAUUGCUCUGCUUUCUUCUUC